AUGUCUUUUAAAGCUCUUCUGGCAUUUGCGACCCUGGGACUGGCUGCAGAGUAUCCUGUCGUCUCCUUGUUCAUUCCAAACGCCGACCCUCAGUCCCUAUUGGGCGAAGUUUUGGCAGAGAAAUCAGCAACGACUACAUACAGUAUCAAUUGCCCAAACGGUCGCACCAAUAGCACAGAGUGUGGUAUGGGCCCCGGCAUGUUCUUGACCGCAGCCCCAACAAGUGUUGAAUAUCUGAUCAGUGCUGAAUCUGACAACGUAUAUAAUCACGUUGUUUGCGAUAUGACCGAUCUCCCGACCGGGGUAUAUACUUGUACAGACACUGUUACCGGGAAAGGGGCCAACACACCCGGCACCAGCACCUCAACCCUCCCUUGGGACCAGAUUACGCUGUUGCCAGUCACCAUAACUUCCACUGCUAAUGCGGUGGCUGCAACAGUAAACAACGGCAGUACGACUACUCCAAAAACCACCGAAGUUGUAUCCGGUAGCGAGGCAUCACCCGUUGCUGCCACCGUCAGUCCUACCCCCGUGGCGGGCGUGGCAGCACUAUCAAGACCUACUGGCCUCGUGCUAGCUUGCGGUGCUGUUCAAGCUCUGGCAGGAUUGCUGUAG